UCUGCCCAUUUAUAAUGGAUGCCUUUCAGUUUGUGUAGCCUGAGGAUGCAGACAGGAUCCUUGGAGAGGUGAAUCCCACCAUAUGUAUGCCUGACCUUUGCCUGUUCUGGCUUAUGAAUAUGGCAAAGUGAGCUGACUAGUAAUGCAUCUGUCUUUGCAAUAAGAUGUGAUCCCAUCAUGGAAUCAGUGUGAAAUCUCUCAAAGAUGUCGGACUGAAGCUGCUGAAGAAGCUUUAGAGAAAGCAACUUUAUUGCAUUAUGAGGCUGAAAGGGAGAAGCGCUUGCUAGAAUGUGACAAAGAAGAGAAGGAAAAGCAGUGUGAGACAUGGAUGAAGAAAUAUAAUGCUUUGGCAGAGCUUCUGCAUUCUCAAGAAGAGGAGAAAUCAAAAAGGCAAAAUAAAGCUUGCCAAGUGAAAAUGAAAAGUUAUUUCUUAUGUAUCAGUGAAAGCAAUGAACACAUCACAGCACUGAGAAAUGAAGAUGGAAUUCUCCAGAGAUUUGUGGAAGGAGAGCAGGUCUGUUUUUCAAUCCCUAGCACUGAUAAUGAAGAAAAUGCCAAGACCACUGACAGGGUUUUGUAUAGAGUUACUGCUCCGAGCUCAAAUUCUGGGCAAUUUCAAAUGGGUUCGCAUUGCCCUGCUGAACUGCAGGAGAAAAUGUCAGCCAGAAGAGGCAAGAAAAUCAUUGAGUAUUUCUGGUUUCCAGUUGAUGGCGAUAAUGAAGACUGACUGGAGAAGAAAUACAGUAGUUGUACAUAUGUGAAAAAGAUAAUGUAAGGUAUUUUAUUCACUGAGAAUAGUGACCCUAAACGUUGCAUAUUUAUCUCCGAGGCAUAUGGCUUCGUGUUGGUGAAGCAGUCAAAUCUUCCAUAAUUAGCACACAUAACUGCAUAUAUAUAUAUAUAUAUAUAUAUAUAUAUAUAUAUAUAGACAGACA